ACGUCCUCAAGGCAAUCCGGUCACAAGUUCACAAAUGCUGACUGUUGGUGUUGAGUGGUGAAGUGGUGAACCAUUACAAUCAAGUUGCCUCAAGCAGUUUUGCUGUUUUUCAAUUUAUCUGUGAUUAGUGAUGGGUUCACAACCAUUAGUAUCAUGUAUGAAGGGAUGCUUCCUUAUUUUCAAUUUUGUUUUCUGGUUGACUGGUCUGGCAUUGCUGAUUAUUGGAAUACUGACCAAGUUUGCUUUCAAUGACAUAAUGAAAUUGUCAACUGAUAUUAAUUACAAUCUUGGUCCUUAUAUUAUGAUUGGCUGUGGAGUCUUUAUUGUUUUAAUUGGAUUUGUUGGUUGCUGGGCAGCAGUGAAAGAACAUUCUUGGGCUUUGAAGAUUUACAUGUUUGUGCUCAUUGUUAUCUUCAUCAUUGAAAUGAUUGGUGCUAUCACUGGAUAUGCUUUCAGAAACAAGCUUAAAAAAGGUCUGGAAAAAGGUCUAAGAAAUGCUGUUGAUAAUUACAAAACUGAUAAAGAUCUCAAGGAAGGAUUGGAUAAAAUACAAGCAAAAGUUAAAUGCUGCGGUGUCAACUCCUACAAAGAUUUCUUCAACUCCUCUGCCAGUAACUCGACAGUUAAGUCUGUUCCAAAAACAUGUUGUAAAAAUCAGGGGUCACCGGAUUGUCACUACAAGGAUUUAAAUGGUUUUACACCGGACAAGAUGGGAAUACACACACACGGUUGUUAUAACGAACUCUUGGAUCAAGCGAAGGGUAAAUUCCUUCUCAUAGGUGGCGUGGCUUUGGGAAUCGCCUUGUUUCAGAUUUUGGGUGUGGUAUGCGCUUACAUCUUGACGAAACAAUUCAAAUCGAGUUAUGAGCAAAUGUAAUAUAACGCAGUACUGUAAUUGGUAUUAAAAGUUGGUUUCUUUUUGUGUCGUGGGACUUAAUUUAGAUCUUUUUUUAUAAACCUUAGUAUGAUUAAAAAUAAUUAAGAAAUUGGCCAUCAUGAUCUAUAAAAGAAGACAUCGUUUUUCGCAGGUUAUGGAAAUAUUCAAGAAGUACUAUAUCGUCUGCCAUACCUUAACAUGACCUUCACAUUUUAAAUGUCAUUUUUUUAAUAUUUUCUUUAUUUCAGAAUAGUCGUAAGGCAUUAGAAAAAUCCACGUGUUUGCCCGUCCUCAAAAUUGUUACAACUAAGUUAAUAGAAAUAUAUCGCAUUUGCUUUUUUACGAGUAAUAGUGUAAGAGACAAUUUGGUAUCCCGGGAAUAAAAAGCCAGGUUUUCGCCCGUCCUUUAUAUAUCACAUUUCGUCUUUCCGUGUAACCCAACUUUGCGUUCCAAACAGACAGACGGCUUACGGGUAUUAAUAUAAGAGAUUUAGAUUGGUUAUUACUGAUAAGUAAUAUAUUUUGUUAUUUAUGUGUAGUAUAUAUAACAUAUAUCUUGUGUUAUCCUAAUACUGAUCACUUUAUGUUACGUAUGCUGUACAAUAUAUUUUAAUAUAUAUUUUAAUCAUGGUGUGUGAGUGUAUACGUGUCUACUUCUCGCUUGUUGUUUUUCAUAUAUUUGUGAAAAUUUGAAUGUGGUGUUCUUCGUUGUCUUUUGUAAUUUCUUCAUAUAAAGGGAUUAAUUUUUUAUGCAGAAGUUGAAUUUUUUUGGAUUCGGGUUUGUCUUAUAUCACUUCGGUAAGAUUUACCACUUCAUUAACGAAAAGAGAAAACACAACUGUUUUAAAUGUCAUUCUAUUUCUUUUAGAAUGCGUCGGCCGAACGUCGGUUUUUUUCACGGGGUGCCUGUUAUUGAUUCGCAGUGUUUGUAGCUAUUACUUUUAUAUGUUUGUUGUUCCUUUUAAGCUUCAUAUAUUUUUAUGAUGGCUGCAGAAUUAAUAUUGUUUUAUUUUGGAAUGUUAGUCUGAUUUUUACACCGUUGUGUGUUAUUAAAGGGGAAAGACAAUUCGUGACUCGA